AUGAAGAGUGACAAGUCCAUGCGUCAACCAAUAUUGUUUGGAACAGGAGACUCUGGUGUCAAGUACAAAGAAAUCUGUAAACUAGAAAUACUACAGGGCUACAAAUCCCAUCUGCAGAGGAAGUUUCAAUGUUUGUGUGAGGAACUCUCAGGCCAAGGAAACCCUACACUCCUCAAUGACAUCUACACAGACCUCUAUAUCACAAAAGGAGAUAGUGGAAAGGUCAAUGAUGAACAUGAGGUCAGACAAAUUGAGUUAGCCUCCAAAAGAUCUGUAUCAUGUGACACACAAGUCAAAUGUAAUGACAUUUUUCGUCCUUUACCUGGACACAUGAAACCAGUUAGAUCUGUGCUGACAAAGGGUGUGGCUGGUAUUGGGAAGACAGUCUCUGUGCAUAAGUUUAUUUUAGACUGGGCUGAAGGAAAAGCGAAUGAGGAUGUCGACUUCAUCUUUCCUUUACCUUUUCGGGAGCUGAAUCUGAUUCAAGAGAAACAACUGAGCAUGCUAGAUUUAGUUCAGCAUUUUUUCACUGACAUGAAAGGUUUCAAUGUUUUCAGUGAUGACAACUACAAAGUGCUUUUCGUAUUGGAUGGUCUAGAUGAGUGUCGGAUUCCUCUAGAUUUCUACACAACAACAAAGUGUUGUGAUGUGACAGAACCAACAACAUUGUCUGCUCUGUUGACAAACCUCAUCAAGGGGACUUUGCUGCCCUCUGCUCUCCUCUGGAUCACCUCCAGACCAGCAGCAGCCAGUCAGAUCCCUCCUGAAUGUGUGGACCAGGUGACAGAAGUGCGUGGGUUCAAUGACCCCCAGAAGGAGGAGUACUUCAGGAAGAAAGUCAAUGAUGAGGACCUGGCCAACAGAACUAUCACGCACCUGAAGUCAUCCAGAAGCCUAUACAUAAUGUGCCAUAUUCCUAUCUUCUGCUGGAUUGCAGCCAUAGUUCUAGAGAAAAUGUUAAGGGCAACUGACAGAGCAGAAAUUCCCAAAACUCUGACUCAAAUGUACAUCCACUUCCUGGUCAUUCAGACACACAUCAAAAAAAAGUAUGCAAACAUGAAGGAUAUGGGUGGAGAGAUGCUUUUCAAGCUUGGGAAACUUGCCUAUCAGCAGUUGCAAGAGGGUAAUCUGAUCUUUUACCAGAAGGACCUGGAAGAUUGUAACAUUGACAUCAGAGAGGCAUCUGUGUACUCAGGAGUGUGCACCCAGAUCUUCAGAGAAGAGAUUGGACUGUAUCAGGGAAUGGUCUUCUGCUUUGUGCAUCUCAGCAUUCAGGAGCAUCUUGCAGCUUUAUACGUGCACCUCAGUUUCAUUAAACAGAAGGAAAAUAUCUUAAAAUCAUUCACCUCCAGAUCCAAACUUGCUCAGGUUUUUAGACCAAUGUCAGAGUCUCUGUACGACCUACACAAAAGUGCAGUUGAUUUGUCUUUUGAGAGCAGAACUGGGCAUCUGGACCUUUUCCUACGCUUCCUCCUGGGCCUCUCACUGGAGUCCAAUCAGAAUCUUCUGAAAGAUCUACAAAAGACAAGCAGCCAACCAUAUGACACAGAGACAAUUGUCAAGUACAUCAAGAAAAAGAUAGGGGAAAAUGCAUCCACAAAUUCAGGGAAAUUUAUUAAUCUCGUCCAUUGCCUGAAUGAGCUGAAUGACCAGUCCUUAGUGCAGGAAAUCCAAAGAUAUCUAACCUCAUUUGGUCUAGAAAGAGCCAAUCUUUCCCCUGCACAGUGGUCAGCUGUGGCCUUUGUGCUGCUGACCUCAGAAGAGGAGCUGGAUGAGUUUGAUUUGCAUAAAUACUACCCAUCAGAGGAAUGUCUUCUGAGGCUGAUGCCUGUGGUCAAGGCAUCCCGAUCAGCUAAGCUUAAAGAGUGUACGCUGACAGAGAAAAGUUGUUCCUCUUUGGGUUCAGGCCUAAGCUCAGGAUCCAAUCUCAAACAAAUGGAUUUGAGUUACAAUGAUUUGCUUGACUCAGGAGUGGAACUUCUGAGUGUUGCAUUAGGAAAUCCAGUAUGUCAACUGGAGAAACUAGAGAUGUGGCAUUGUAGGUUGACAGAGAAGAGCUGCUCCUAUCUGGCCACCACUCUCAGCUCAAGAUCAAAUCUCAGAGAACUGGACCUUAGCUGGAAUGAAUUGAAGGACUCAGGAGUGAAAUUUCUUAGUGCUGCACUGAGGAAUCCACUCUGUCAGCUGAAGGCACUAGCGCUGAAGUACUGUGUGCUGACAGAGAAGAACUGUUCCUCUCUGGCUUCAGUCCUCAUGUCAGGAUCAAGUCUCAGAGGGUUGGAUCUGAGUGGAAAUAAUCUGAAGGACUCAGGAGUGAUCAUUCUCAGUGAUGCAUUAAGACAUCCACAGUGUCAGCUGAAGAGUCUAGUGUGA